GAAGGGGACGAGAGCAUGAGCUACGCGUUCCUGCAGACGCGCCUGGCCCAAUACGCCGCGGGAUUCCACAACAUCGGCGUGAGGCGCGGCGACCGCUUCAUCGCGGCCGUUGAAGCCUCAACCGACGCGCUCAUCUCCAUCAUGGCGCUCAUGUUCUCCGGAUGCGUGGCCUGCUUCGCCAGUGGGCCCAGGACGGCGCAGGAGCUGGCCUAUCAAGUGCAAGACGCCGAGGCAUCGUUCUGCCUCACGGAUAGCGAAAACCUGGCCUCCAUCAUCGACCAGCAGGCUCAGUGCCGUUUCAAGAUGAUAUUCGUAAUGCGCGAUACGCCAGGCUUCGUAUCCGUGACGUCAUUCAGGAAGCUGCCCGAGAUGACGCUCCAUGAUCUUCAGGAAGAAGACACGAAGAAGGCCCUGUGCGCGAUCGCCUACACCUCGGGCACCACGGGCGACGCCAAGGGAGUGAUGGUGUCACAGUACAGCUUCGUAGCCUCUUUCGAGUGCUUCAGGGACAUGAAAUGCGCCGGUGAACACGAAGUGCUUAUAGUGUUGUGGAGAAUGUACUCCGUGAGCGCAAUUCGCCUUUUCAUGGACGCGCUGUGCGCCGGAGCCACGACAAUAGUCGUGAAGCCGAAACUCGGAAAUGCGACGACAAUCGAAGCGAUCAAGAAGCACAAUGUGACGUCGUUAUGCGCGUCGGCGACGCCCCUGCAGCGACUGGUGCGCGAUGCGGUCAGUGCGGGCGAGAAACUGAAGAGCGUCACCUUCGUCGGCUGCACCGGCGGCACUCUGCCCGCGUCGGCCGUGGAACAGAUGAAAGACGUGUUCGACAUGCGCAAGCUGGCUCACGCGUACGGACUCACCGAGGCUGCCGGCGUGGUGAUGGUGCCACAGUUAAGUGAGCUGACCGUCGCCUACCUCGGCUACGCGUGUCCCGGGGUGCUCAUCAAGGUAGUUGAUGCCACCACAAGGAAGCCUCUCCCUGCCGGAAAAAGUGGUGAAAUUUGCGUGAAGAUCCCUAGCGUCAUGAUGGGCUACUUAAACAAGCCGGAAGCCACGGCGCAAGUCCUCGACUCUGAAGGAUGGCUCUUGUCCGGGGAUUGCGGCUACUAUGACGAGGACGGCCGCGUGCAUUACAUAGACCGGCUCAAGGACACAAUCAAGUGCCGCGGCUUCCACGUCCCAACUCCAGAGCUUGAGCAGCUCAUCAGUUCGAUGGCCGAAGUGAGCGAGGUGGCCGUGGUCGGCGUGCCCUCUGCCGAAUACCAGGACGCGCCCAUCGCGUUCGUUGUCCUGAAGCCUUCCGCCGUCGGCAACGCUGCUCUAGCCCUCAAGAUCAAGCAGCACGUCGCAGCAAGAACACCAAGUCACAUGCACCUGUAUGGAGGCGUGGUCUUUACGGACAGCCUGCCACGGAAUGCGAUGGGGAAAGUGCUGAAGAGGGAUCUCAGGAGGAUCGCGGCUGGCAAAGAUACGGUCAAGCUCUGAACACUACGGUAUUGCCAUGACGUGGACUGCAGUUCGUUCUUUUGCGCGGAAGGGACACUGGCG